CCUCCUUCCAUUUGUCCAUUAAUGGAGGGAACCCAACUUUACAAAUCUCGCUCUCUCUGUUCAACAAAAGUACAUUGAAAUUUAAUGCAGGGAACAGAACCAGACAACGCUGCUUCUACUUUGGCGCCAUUUCUGAGAAGACAAAAAACAAAAACCACUUUUUCGAAAACCUCCUCCCUCUCUUGUUUCUCUCUCUAGAAGCAUCUGGCCUUUCACUCCAUUUUUGUAAAGAAAAAUAUCCUGGGUAUGGAAGAGAAGGAGUUUUCGCUCUCUGGGUCGCCGGCGGUUUACUCCGAGACCGAGUCACCGCCGGCGAUCAGCCUCACCGUCGUCGACGGCGGCGGGUCGGUGCCACAGGAAACGAACACGACUUUCAACACGAGCACAGGAAUCGCCGCCCCCGCCCCCGCCUCCGCCGGCGGCGGCGGCGGCGGAGGUGGUGGUGGAAGUGGCGGUGUAUUGGGUAAGAAGAAGAGAGGGCGGCCUAGGAAGUAUGACUCAGAUGGUAACUUGAGAGUGCCGCAUAAAUCUCCGCCGCCGCCGGGUUUUUUUCUCUCUCCUCCGCCGCCGUCUGAUUUCUCGGCUAAAAGGGGCCGCGGCCGCCCAGCUGGGUCCGGUAACUGGCAGCUGCUUGCUUCUUUAGGUGAGGUGUUUGCAAACACAGCAGGAGGGGAUUUCACACCCCAUGUGGUGACUGUUUAUACAGGAGAGGAUGUUGCUGCAAAAAUUCUCUCAUUUUCUGUGAAGGGUCCUCGAGGAAUAUGCGUCCUCUCUGCCAAUGGAGCUGUUUCUAAUGUCACUAUUAGGCAGCCCGGUUCGUCUGGCGGGCUCUUAACAUAUGAGGGACGGUUUGAGAUAUUGUCUCUAACAGGGUCUUUUACGGUCUCCGAAAAUAGUGGAGUGAGAAGUAGGACUGGUGGAUUAAGUGUGUCGUUGGCUGGUCCCGAUGGUCGCGUCGUCGGUGGUGGCAUUGCUGGUUUAUUAACAGCUGCUAGCCCAAUCCAAAUUGUGGUGGGGAGCUUCAUGCCAAAUGGCUUUAAGGUUCACAAGAGAAAGCACCAUUUGGAACCUAGAACCGCUCCAGAUGCGGUGACCGAAGCAACACCAAUCUCCCAAGCAGCACCUGGUGCUGACAUCUCUCUGACUCCAACAUCUCAAUUACCAUCAGAAAACCACGGAGAGGCAGAUAACAACACAUCUAAUGGACAAAACCCAAAUGGCUUGUCUCCUGAUAGUGGUGAAUGGAACGGCUCAGAACCUGCCUCAGCUCAGAGACCAUAUCCUGACAUCAAUAUUUCUGUCUCAGUAGAAUAGAUGUAAUGUAUGGUUGCAUUAUGUGUUGUCUGUUGGUUCAUUUUUAGGUAGAUUUAUGAAGAUGUAUUUGUUGAAUCUCGAAGACAAUUUCAGGUCUGCUUCAUAGAUCCAUAGAGGCUGACAGUAAGAUCAGUACCGGGGUCAUAAUUUUAACUUCAAUUCUUGUUGUUGCACUAAUAUUGGAAAAGACUCUUCUAAUUUGACAAA